AUGGUGAAGUAUGUGAAGGGAUCCCCUCAUAGAUUGGCCCAAUUCAAGUCUUGUGCGGAAAGAAAAACAAUUGCAUGUAAUGCUUCCUUGACCCUUGAUGUUCCCACUAGAUGGAACUCCACUUAUACCAUGUUAGAGGUGGCGGUGAAAUAUGAAAGGGCCUUUGAUCUAAUGAUAGACGAAGAUUCAAAUUUUGUAACGUAUUUGUGUGAUGAUGGGCCAGGGAAAAGGGGGUUGGGGCUUCCAAAUGAUGAUGAUUGGGCUAAUGUUCAACACUUUAUAAAAUUUUUGAAAGUGUUUUAUGAUGUGACUAUGCAGAUAUUGGCUUCCUUUGAUGAUGAUAAGUUGAGUGACAUGGCUUUCAGAAUGAAACUGAAAUAUGAUAAGUAUUGGGGAGAUUUUGAAAAAAUUAAUCUAUUGUUGUUCAUUGCUUUUGUGCUUGAUCCUCGUUACAAGAUGGAAGUAUUGGAGUUUUGGUUCUUGAGUAAUAUAGGGGAAGCAAAAACAGACCGAAUUGUCUUCAAGUUGAAGAAUAUUUUGGAACAAUUAUAUAGUCACUAUGCUAUGCAUGAUGGAGAAAGUGGGCCUAGUGGGGCAAGAAUGUCAAAUGAAGGUCGGAUUUCCUCAACUUCAACCUCAUUGGGUGUGGGACUGGGUAGUGGUACUUCUUAUGAUCCUCAAUUGAAUAAAGAUGCUUUGAAGGACUUCCAUACAUUUCAGGCAAGGAGAAAUUUGAUGCUAGCUCAGACAGAGAUAGAAAAAUAUUAUGUGGAGGGUGUUGAGAUACCAAGUGAUACAUUUGAUAUCUUAAUGUGGUGGAAUGUAAACUCAGCAAAGUAUCCAGUUCUUUCCCGGAUUGCGCGAGAUGUCUUAGCUAUCCCACUUACCACCGUUGCUUCUGAGUCUGCAUUUAGCACUGGAGGUCGCGUCAUAGAUUGUUAUCGGAGUUCUUUAGCUCCAAAAACAGUGGAGGCUCUUAUAUGUACUUAG